AUGAGGAAACAUGGAUGGCAGCUUCCCUACCAUCCACUCCAGGUGGUUGCUGUUGCUGUAUUUCUAGCAUUGGGAUUUGCUUUCUAUGUUUUCUUUGCGCCUUUUGUGGGAAAGCAAUUGUUUCAAUACAUAGUGAUGGGGAUUUAUAGUCCUCUUAUUAUGAGUGUCCUCGGUCUAUACAUUUGGUGUGCUGCUGCUGAUCCUGCAGAUCCAGGAGUCUUUAGGUCAAAAAAAUAUCUAAACAUUCCUGAUGACAGAAAGCAUGUCAAAUUAAACAAAUCUAAACUCAGUGGAGAGUUAACUUCAUCAACUCAAGAUGCAAAUGCUGCCACAGAAAAGAAAUCCUGUGAUAAAAGAAAUAAAGAUUUAGAUGCAACAGCUGAUUCUACUGCCGAAACUCUAAAGAAGAAUCCGUCAUCUCAUCAAAGAUCCUGCUUAAUUACGAUGCUGGCUUUAUUGCCUUGUGCUCUUGUUUGCAACUCAUGUGAUGAAUCUUCUGAGCAACAAAUGAGUGAAGACGGGAUGUUCUAUUGUAGCUUAUGUGAAGUCGAGGUUUUCAAGUACAGCAAGCAUUGUAGAGUCUGUGACAAGUGUGUUGACAACUUUGAUCAUCAUUGCAGGUGGCUAAACAACUGUAUAGGCAAAAGGAACUACCGAAAGUUCUUUACUCUGAUGGUAUCCGCCCUUCUCCUGCUUAUACUUCAAUGGUCUACUGGAAUUCUUGUACUGAUCCGCUGUUUUCUUGAGAGGAAGCAAUUCUCUUUGGACAUUAGUUUCAAGUUGGGAAGCAGUUUCACACUGGUUCCAUUUGUAAUUGUGGUGGCUGUAUGUACCGUGUUGGCCAUGAUUGCAACCCUGCCACUUGCUCAGCUCUUCUUCUUUCACAUUCUUCUUAUAAAAAAGGGAAUUAGCACAUAUGAUUAUAUCAUAGCUUUGCGGGAGCAAGAACAAGGGGUUGAAGGUCAGCAAAGUCCUCAGAUGUCUCUGGCUAGCUCUCUUACUGGAUUAAGCAGUGCAAGCUCGUUUAACACUUUCCACCGUGCAGCGUGGUGCACACCACCACGUCUUUUUGUGGAAGAUCAGUUUGAUGUAGUUCCUCCAGACACUGGAUCCAUAAGUUCACUAGGAAAAAAGACCCAGUUGGAGGACCUGACAAAGAAAAAGAAUCCUGCAGCUGUAAAGAUUAGUCCUUGGACAUUGGCACGAUUGAAUGCAGAUGAGGUGUCUAAGGCCGCUGCAGAAGCAAGAAAGAAGUCUAAAAUUCUUCGCCCUGUAAUAAGACAAGAAGCGCCAACUUUUGAAACUGACAGUAGUUAUGGCAGCAGUAGUCGCUGGAUGGCCCCGAGGCCUGAUAACAACAGAAAACGAGGUAGCAAGCGAAUUCGCCUUCCUGCAGAGACUCUCCUCCAAGCCCUUCCAAACAUUCCAAGCAACGAUGCGGCAGUUUAUAGAAAUCAUCAUAUGAUGGCUGAGACAUCUAACCGCUUCGCCCCUCUUCAACUUGAACCUCGAAGUGUUUACCGGACAGGCCCAGUUAUGUCAGGUGCAGCUGCCAUGGUUUCUUCCUCCCCCGAGAGUAGUUUAGAUUCUCCAGAUAUUCACCCUUUCCAAGUUUCCUCGUCAUUAGCCAAAGAGGCAAGUCGACUUGUUGGGCUACCAGCAGCUCAUAAGGAAAUUCCAUCGUCAAGAUCAACUAGCGAUGGAUAUGAUGCAUCGGGUGGGGAAGAUAGUGAUCAGGUGCCUACAAGAAUUGUAGGACAGCCGACUAACUGGAGCGGCCUCCUGUUUGGUUCUGAGUACGACAGGAGGGUUACAAAGUUGAUGGCCUCGUCUUCAUCUACCUUAACAAACUCAAGGAAGCUCUAA